AUGACGACGAGAUACCGCGUGGAAUAUGCGUUGAAGGAGAGACCAGUUCGUAAGUACAUAUACUUCCAAGUCAUGGCUUUCGCUGACACCGAGUUGAUCGAAUGGAUCAAAGGCUUGCUGGCCGUGCCUUUCGUGCUUCUCUCCCAACCAACCAACAUUCACGAAGAUGACAAACCUACGGUCGCCCAGAUGGCGCAAAGUGCCCACGAUCGAUACUCCCAGAUCAUGAAAGACGUUGAGGACCUCAUCAUAGAUCACAUCGCCCAUCAGAAACGCGGUGGUCUGUGGUCCACUGACACGAAGUCCAAACUGAAACUGCUUGUCCCCUCCGUUGGCAACUUCUUCACGCACUUGCCCCUCAAGGACGCCUUCGAGUUCCAAGAUCGAAGGCGGUUCAUUUCCAAUAGGCGAUUCGUGGCUCCCAGUUUUAACGACAUCCGGCUCAUUCUUAACACUGCUCAGGCUAUGUCUCUGGUUCGAACGAGUCGGUUAGAGUUGGUGACUUUUGACGGAGAUGUGACGCUGUAUGAUGACGGGCAAUCGCUCACGCCGGACAAUCCUUGCAUCCCUCGGAUCUUGCAUCUCCUGAAGAAGGGUGUUCGCAUUGGUAUUGUCACAGCAGCUGGCUACACCGAGGAGUCGAAGUACUACGGCAGACUUUAUGGACUUCUAGACGCUCUAGCCGAAAACGAUAUACCUGCACACCAGCUUGUGGUCAUGGGCGGCGAAGCCAAUUUUCUUUUUGCCUACACGCCACAUGCAGAGCACAGGCUAGAGCGAAUCGCGCCAGAGGUCUGGCAACUACCUGAGAUGAGCACAUGGACCGAAGAAAACAUCAAGAAUCUGCUAGACGUCGCUGAGUCUGCACUGAAGCAGUGCGUAUCAGCCUUGAACAUGCCAGUCUCUGUACUUCGAAAGUCAAGAGCAGUGGGCAUAUACCCUCCUGCGGGCGUCAAGCUGGCACGUGAGCAGCUCGAAGAGACUGUGCUUGUGGUUCAGCGGAUCCUCGAGAUGUCUCCUGCCGCCAAGAAAAUACCCUUCUGCGCAUUCAAUGGUGGGAAUGACGUCUUCGUUGACAUUGGAGACAAGUCGUGGGGUGUGAUGGCAUGUCAGCGGUAUUUUGGAGGCAUCGAGGGAGGGAGAAGCUUGCACGUGGGUGACCAAUUCUUGAGUGCAGGGGCCAAUGACUUCAAGGCUCGGCUUGCAUGUACAACAGCCUGGAUUGCCAGUCCAGCAGAGACAGUUGCCCUCCUCGACGAAGUUCAAGACCUCAGUGCAGCGAGAGGGAGGAGUCACAGCCUCAGUGGUGGUGCUUAA